GCACCCUGGUCGGGGCGCUGGUCAUCAAGUACGGAGGCUACAACUUGGCUCUCCUGCUGGUUCUGCUGGCCUACCUCUCGGCCGUCCUCUACGUGGUCUUCGUCAUCAAAGAAUCGCACGGACCUUUCGCCAAGACGGCUUUGCAGGCCCACGGAUCAGCCAAGCAGGAACCAAGUCCCGACAGCAAGGAAGUGUCCAAGCUCCGCAUGGCGUCCGAUUUCUUCAAUUGGCGGCGUGUGGUCGAGUCCUUCAAGACGGCGUUCAGACAGCGUGAGGGCAACGCUCGCAAGUUCAUCAUGGCCAUUAUCCUCAGCAACAUGCUUCGUCGCGUCGCCAGAGGUUUCUUCAUGUACAUGUUCGUGCGUCGCGCCCUGUCCUGGGAGGCCACCGACUACGGUUACUGGGUCACCUAUCGGAACCUGCUUGCGGCCAUCGGUUCGCUGUUUCUGGUGCCGAUCCUCACCAAGAUGCUGUCUUUCACGGACGCCUCGCUGGCCGUGCUGGGCUCCUUAUCCAUCAUGGGCGAAUAUGUGUGCUACAGUCUAGUCAACGGCGUGUCUCAGGCGUUCCUCAUGUGGCUGGGACCUCCCGUCGGAGUCAUCUCCAACGCCAGCGUCAUCGCCUUCAGAUCUUUGUCCACCAAACUUGUCAGCAAAGAGGAGAAAGGUCGCAUCAGCGCCGUCAUGGCCGCCAUGAACGGCCUGAUGCCCAUGAUCGCCUACGCCGCCUAUUCCCCCAUUUACUACACGACAGUCGACACCUUGCCAGCCGCCCAGUUCUUCUUCGGGGCCUCCCUCAACGUGCUUAUCAUGAUCAUAUUCAUAAUCAUGCAGCUGAUGAGCGUUUCGUCUUCUUACGAAACAAAGGAUUUCGAAGCCGGCGGCAAAAAGGACAAGAAUCUUUUCAAGGACUUCAGGAACAAAUCUACAGUCACACUGAAAUCUAUUGCGCGGACUCUUAGCGGCCCUGUAGGCGAGACGCCCUCAAGCAAGGCCAGGCAGGAUGAGAAAAAUAAGGCUCAGUUAGCCUAGGAACUCCCAUCCGACAGACAGGCAAGCUGCGGAAGCUUUGGGGCCAACCUGUGUUCCUGCAAUGACUAAUGAAGAUAAAAAGGAAAAAGUAGAUGGUGAGCGCAUAUUGUAAAACCGUCGUCUUGGUUAUCACAUAUAAUGACAGAUCACUGAAGGAUGCCAUGGCCAAUCUAAGUAUGUCAGCAGAUACUGCCUCCUGAUGGAAGUGAUAAGAAAUCAAAUCAUUGCAACAGAGAAUGUAGAAAUACAGAGCAAGUGAUCAAUGUACAAGUAAAAUAGCGGAUGGGUGUGCAAAUGAAAUAAACGAUACAAAAAUCACUUCUGCAGAGAAACUCUAGGUGGAGAUCAAUGUUUAGUUGUUAGAGAGAGAGAGAGAGAGAGAGAGAGAGAGAGAGAGAGAGAGAGAGAGAGAGAGAGAGAGAGAGAGAGAGAGAGGGCAUAGAAGAGAUAGUUUGUAAAAGAGAGAAUGCAAUUUUAAUUUCUUACAGUAUUAAUAAUUCUAAGAUGUAUAUACAAUUGUUGGCUAAUCUGUUUAUUUACGUAUUUAUUUAUUUAUUUAUCUAUUCAUCUAUUUAUUUAUUUACUCACGUAUGAAUUUCAUACAUUGCCAAUAUAGUAUAAAUUUUAAUCUUACUAAUACCAUGAUUAUUAACUGUUGGUUUA